GCUUGUCAGUCGGGUAUUGUUGUUCGCGGCAAGCGCAUGUGUUGUAUGGUUGUGUUAAGGUCAAAGUCGAUGCCUUUGUCGUCGUCAUCGUUGCUCCGUCAUGAUCGUCGUCAUUAACAUUUUCAAUUCAUUAAAUCGGUAUCAAAAGUCAUGUUAGCUCUUGACUUAUAGCGCUAUUUCACGUGUUCUUACAUUAACCAACUGGCUCUCAACUUAAAUACAUAGUACGUGGUAGUGUUGACUCGAGCAAAUUCUAACGAUUUCACAAGUAUUACUUAAGCAACAUAUACUGUCUACAUUCAUACAUCGCUGUGCUGCCUUGCAAGUAAACACAUCGAGCAACAAAAGUGUGCCAUAAAUGUUUCGUCGUGUCCUUUCGUACAGCAUCAUUGGCGCUGGCGUCGUUAGCACCGGCCUUAGUCUACACACAAACGACUACGAUGUCAACUCCUUGGGUAUUGUGCGUCUCGGCCGUUCGGCAAUCACUGUUUUCGAUGUGGCACUCACUUACAAACGCGAACUGUUCUAUCGUGAGUGGGACAAAAACAUGCCCGAGUAUAAAGCGGAAAAGAGUCGUGUACACAAAAUAGCCGCCCAAAAGUUACUAGAACUGAUUUGCGUCAAUAAGGGUGUUUACAUAAAAACUGGCCAACAUAUUGGUGCAUUGGAGUAUUUACUACCCAAAGAAUUUGUACAAACAAUGAAAAUACUACACUCGAAUGCACCACAAAAUCCUAUCGAGGAUUUAUACAAAGUCAUACGACAAGAUUUAAAACAAAAUCCUGAGGAUAUAUUUGAGACCUUUGAACCAAAUCCACUUGGAACUGCAUCGCUAGCGCAAGUGCAUAAGGCAACACUCAAAACGGGCGAGGUGGUCGCUGUUAAAGUACAACAUCCCUAUGUGAAGGGAAACUCCCGCGUCGAUAUGAAGACUAUGGAGGUACUAGUGAAAUUGAUGUCACGCGUUUUCCCCGACUUCAAAAUACAAUGGCUAGUCGAUGAGUGCAAAAAGAAUUUACCUGUGGAACUGGAUUUUCUGAAUGAGGGCAAAAAUGCAGAGAAAGUAGCGAAGCAAUUUCAAAAAUACUCAUGGCUACGUGUGCCGAAAAUUUAUUGGGAACUAAGCUCACCGCGUGUACUAGUCAUGGAGUACUUGGAAGGUGGCCAGGUGAACGAUCUGGACUAUAUUAAGCAGCAUAAAAUCGAUCCAUUUACUGUGUCGAAUAAGAUUGGACAAUUGUAUUCGGAAAUGAUUUUCACAACGGGUUUCGUGCACAGUGAUCCUCAUCCUGGUAACAUACUUGUACAUAAAAGUCCAAAGGGACAAGUAGAAAUCAUAUUAUUAGAUCAUGGUCUCUAUGCGAAUCUAACUGACAAAUUCCGUUAUGAAUACUCAAAGCUCUGGCUCAGCAUAUUGAACGUCGAUCGACAGGCUAUGCGUGUGCAUAGUCAGAAUUUGGGUAUCAAAGGUGAUUUAUAUGGAUUAUUUGCUUGCAUGGUUACGGGGCGACCGUGGGAGACACUAAUUCAAGGCAUCAACAAAGUGAAGUACACCAAAGAAGAGAAAGAAACGCUGCAAGACAACACCUCACUUGUAUUGCCACACAUCGCCGAUGUGUUAGAGCAAGUUGAUCGCCAAAUGCUGCUCAUACUUAAAACCAACGACCUGAUUCGCGGCAUAGAAGCUACGUUACGUACACAAAAUCGCAUGACUGCCUUCUGGGUUAUGUCCAAAUGUUGUGUUCAUUCGACUAUUAGUGAACAAAAAUCACUGGACUCAACGCGUUGGAAUGCGCUGAAAUUGUUGGUGCGUGAGAAGUGGGAAAUAUUCAAAUUGAACAUCUACUAUGUGUACUUGGGCUGCAUUAAUUUUGGCUUUUUCGCAGCGUUAAAGCAGCUGUUAUAGAAUUAAAUGUGCCUUAAGGAAUUUUAAUUUUCAUACAAAUAUACAUAGAUAAUUUAUGGUUGGCAUAUGUGUAUAUAGUAUAUGUAUGUAGAUAAGUUGCUAAACUAUUUAUGCUACUAUGUACAUCCACCUUUUUUAAUGUAACACUUCUCUCAACUAGCGGAUAAGUGAGCUGCAGCGUACAAAAUACUUGUUGUAAGUUAAAAUAUAAGGCGAAAUAAAAAACUCAGUGAAAGUGACUAACAAAAA